GGGGACGUGGGGCUCGCGCUGGUUUUGUCCCCCGGCGGGGCGCGAGGCGCGGGGCGCGAGGCGCAGGGCCCGGACCCGCCCCCAUCCCGGCUUCCGGUUUAUUCAAGAUGCUGUAUUCUCUGCUCCUGUGUGUAUUUCUGUUUAUGGUACCUGGUUGUGCUCAGGAUGAUGAAUGGAUUGAUCCCACAGAUAUGCUUAACUAUGAUGCGGCUUCUGGAACGAUGAGAAAAACUUCACAGAUGAAUGCCAUUCAACCAGAAAAAGAGAUGGAAAUGAGUGUUGCUCCUUCCCACAAAUCAUGCGAUGAUGAAAUAUCAGAAUGUUACAACAAACUUGCUGCCUUAAAUCAUAAGAUGAACAACUGCGAGAAGAAAACGACAGGCAAUCAUGAAAGCCAGAGCAAUUCUGUUUUUAGAAGAUACUUGAAUAAAAUUUUAAAUGAAGCUGGAAGACUUGGACUGCCUACUGAGGAUAGCGGCGAUAUGCACUACGAUGCUGAGAUUAUCCUUACAAGACAGACGGUGAUAGAAAUCCAAAAGUUUCUCAGUGGAGAAGAUUGGAAAUCAGGAGCUUUGGAUGAUGCAUUAAGCGAUAUCCUAAUUAAUUUUAAAAGUCAUAAUUUUGAAGUUUGGAAAUGGCGCUUUGAGGACACCUUUGGAGUGGAUCCAUAUAAUGUAUUUAUGGUUCUUCUGUGUUUGGUGUGCGUUGUUAUAAUAAUAGCUACUGAGUUAUGGACACACGUUCGUUGGUAUACUCAGUUGAAACGGAUUUUAUUCAUCAGUUUCCUAAUCAGUUUUGGAUGGAACUGGAUGUAUUUAUAUAAGGUAGCUUUUGCUCAACAUCAAGCUGAAGUUGCCAAGAUGGAACCAUUGCAUGAUGUGUGUGCUGAGAUGAACUGGAGUGGAAGUCUUUUUGAGUGGAUUCGAAGCUCAUGGACAUUUAAGGAUGACCCUUGCCAGAAGUACUACGAAUUGUUAUUAGUAAACCCAAUUUGGCUGGUUCCGCCAACAAAGGCACUGGCUGUGACAUUUACUAACUUUGUUACGGAGCCACUGAAGCAUAUAGGACAAGGCACUGGCGAAUUUAUUAAAGCACUCAUGAAGGAAAUACCAAUCUUGCUUCAGAUUCCAGUGUUAAUCAUGAUGGCUUUGGCCGUGCUGGGUUUCUGUUUUGGGAUAGGAAGAACAUCAGGUGACACCAUCAGAUACCUAAGAGGUCCAGAAAGAGAGCCCCCCCGGUCGCUGCAGCCAGGUGACAGCCGGCGGUGGAAGGAAAUUGCCUACGAUCGGCGUGGCGCGGCUGGUGACGCCGGGGACCUCUAUCCUGAGGAGCAAGCCGCCCGCAGAGCGGAAGACUAUCAAGGCGGAGAUGCUCUGAUGGAGAGGGACGCCCACCUGAGAUUUCGCAGUCGCAGGAGGAGCCCCGAAGUGUUGCGAGCGGGGGACGUCUCAGAUGGACCAGGAGAACGGCUCCCUGAGCGGGAACCCAGCAUGCCAAAACAUAGUCAGAAAAAACAUGAGGAUUUUCCACCAGAAGAAGCACAAAAAGAGAACAGUUUGGACAAAUUGCCUAAGUCACCUGUGGUGGCUACAGUGCAGAAGGAGAGUCUGGAAGCUCCUGGAAGCCGCAUGGAUACAGUCCAGCCCGGAAAGCCUCCACUGCCGCCUCAAUCGCUGGGCAACCCCGGAGAGGAGCCCGAGGCCUGGCCCGGAGCAGAAGCCAAAAACGGCAGCCUCAGCAGCCAGCCCCCCGAUCCAUCGGGCGGAUCUGCGAUUCGGGAAAGCAGCCACCUGGGCCAGCGGGUGACACAGACACAGGAAGAAACCGACUUAAGACCAAGCAAGGCCUGAGAAUAUUUCACGGACACCAAGGCCUGAGAGUAUUUCACGGACACCCUCUGAUUUUCAGCAGCUUCUCCUGUUGAUACCAGCGUGCCACAUUCAUUCUCUUCUCCUUUUAUGAGGAAACUCUAGUCUGGAAUGGAAAUUUAUUCUUCCAACCAUGGUCUGCCUGCCCCUCUUUGUAAAGCCCUGGAACAAGAUGCUAAAUAAACAAGUUUAGUUACUUUUGAA